AUGGACUUCCCAGGUCAUUUCCAGCAUAUUUUCAAGCAGCUCAACCACCAGCGCCUCCAUGCUCAGCUGUGUGACUGUGUGGUGGUGGUUGGAGGCCAGAGCUUCCAGGCUCACCGUUCCAUCCUGGCAGCGUGCAGCUCCCACUUCAGGGCUCUGCUGAGCUCCAAUGACACCGGUGAUGAGGUUGGAGGACCUGGAGCAGACAUAGGUGGAGGUGGGGGCCCCAGUGUGAUCGAGCUAGAUCCAGAGGUGGUGACCCCAGAGGCCUUCUCCACCUUGCUGGACAUGAUUUACACCUCCACCCUCUCUCCAGGGGCCUCCAAUGUGAUGGAUGUGCUGCUGGCAGCAUCACACCUGCACCUCAACACUGUUGUCAAGGCCUGCAAGCUCCACCUGUCCAGGAAAAACUUUCCUGCCUCGCCCCCGAAAGGCUGGAGGUCGGUGCAACAACAGCAACAGGGUCAAUCGUCCGGGGCGGAGAGGCCGGCCUCGCUUCAACAGGUCACAUCUGUCAUGGAGGAGGACGUCGAUGAGGAAGACGUGGUAGUGGAGGUUAGUCAGUCUGGUGGGGUUGAAGAGCAGGGGGUGAGGAGGAGGGAAGUCAGUGGGGAGCAGAGUGCUGCACAGUUUUUGAGGCACAAGAGGAAGUCACACGAGGACAGGCUCAGUGGCAGAAAGAGGCCCUGCAGGCUGCCUGAGGGAAACUAUAAGGAGUGUUCAUCUACUGUAGCCAGAAGCAGCGUCGGUACAGAGGAGCUGCUGUCCCCGGACUGCCUGAAGACGACCGACGGACUCUGGGAGAGCCGAGGCGAGGACGAGGUGGAAAAGAAAUACGAAGCAACCAAGGGAGAGUCCGAAGAGGUCCAGCUGCCGAGCCAAUCAGACAGCAGCGCAGGAGGUGUAGGUGCGUGGGAGAAGGGCGGAGAUCCAGAUGAAGACACUGUGGUCAAAGUAAAGGUGGGAGAAGAAGGGGAGGAAGAGGAGCCAAAUAUGGCGAUGGUUGAGGUGAAAAAGGAAAAUCUGAGCUCAUACUCCCCAGAUUUACCAAACAAUUCUCUAUCUCCACCACAAGACUGCACAGACAAUUUGGAUGCUCAACUAAAUGAAGAGAAAAUGGCCACAGCCUGCCCGACAGAGGGUGAUGUUAGCUCUUUGCAGUCACAGCUGUGCACAGAUGUACAAACUGAUGCACAGAGAGAGGCUGGAGAUUUGGGUGAGGAGUCAGUAGACUGCGAAGGCCUUGACAGCCUGUCGGAGCUUGCUUUUUCCUGCUUCCUCAAUCCCAGCAGUGAGAGUGUAAUGGGAGCUCUGGAGGAAGAAGACAGCCUAGCUAGCCUCACUGCUGCUGCUACUGCUGCUGCCGCCGCCGCCAGUGAUGCUCCUGCAGCUGCUGGAGAUCCUGGCCAUCUGUAUCAAAACUCAGGGGAAGCCUCUUCUGCUCACUCCUCUGAUUCCUCACUAGUUUUUCCAGUAACAUCUGUCCCCUUGCAGCAGCUUCUCCCAACUCAGGGCCCUGGUUUCAGUGACACACUCAUCCUCCAGCCCACCCAGAACUCUUUAGCAGGGUUCCUGAGUGGCAUCAGACCAGGCCUCGGUCUGGAAACCUCCCUCAUCCAACCCCCCAGGGCCGGGAAAAGUUCAGGGGCAACGACCUUCCGUCGCAUCGCCCCCAAAGUGCCGCCUGGAUCAGAUCAGUCCUCUUCUUCAUCGGCGGGGGAUGCUGCCGAACGGCCGUCUCUAACCAGAGCUUCAGAGGAUGUUAUGUCCAAGUGCAAGAAAGCAGCUGCUGAAGACCACGUGCUGUUGGUGGAAGGGGAGAAGAAAUACGCCUGCAAAAUCUGCUGUAAGACCUUCAUGAACCUGACUGACUGUAAGAAACACAUUCGCGUCCACACAGGAGAAAAGCCCUAUCCCUGUCCAAAGUGUGGCAAACGCUUCAGCCAGUCCUCCCACCUGUAUAAGCACUCGAAAAACACCUGCCUGCACUGGAAAGAUGAUCAGUUAUUCCCAGAUACCCUGCUGUGA